AUGGUAAUAAAGAUAGUAAAAAAAGAUGCUGAAGAUGAUAAAAAAUAUAAUGAAGAUGAAUUAGAAAGGGAUGUUGACAUUGAAAUUAUCUAUAAAGUUUUAAAUAACAUUUCAAAAGAUGAACCAAUAAGGCCGGUAUAUGAAAAACUCAUAGCUAAAAGACUUAUGAA